AUGUGGGCUCCCUCACAUACGGGUAUCUCUGUAAAUGAAAAAGUGGAUAUGCCGGCAAACGAGGCAAUCACCCCGACCUCAUCCACAACCAUUACUACUCUUCCAUACCAAGACGUAAAAAGAUGUAUAAAUAUACACACUACCAAUAUGUGGCGAACAUCCUGGGAUGAAAUACCAAUCACAAAUAAUCUAAAAUCUAUUAAAAAGAAAAUCACUAAAUGGUAUACUCAGCCCAAUGCCUCUAGACGUUCCGAAAUUAUCAAUACCAGAACAAAAGUCGGUCAUACCAACCUCAUCCACAUACAUAUCAUAAGACACGAAGAAUAA